AUGGUCCACUUCCCUGACGAGAUCUGGCUUAGAGUCGCCAACUAUCUGAAACUCCCAAUUGAUGUGUGCGCACGCAAGUAUGAGACACUCAGUGAAGAUGAANAAGUCAAGCAGCAAACUCUCAUGAAUUUGUGUCUUGUAUCUAAGCAACUUCGCGCUGUCUUCCAACCACAGCUGUAUUGCAGUUUCUUCAAGCAUCAAUUCGCCGCUCAACACCAGCUGCUGGAAUCUGACUCAGAAUGGCAGCACAAAUACCAUCACCAGGACGAACGCCGCUACCGUGCUAUCCGUAAGCAAACAAAACUUGAGAACUUUCUCGUUACCAUAAUCCACCGCCCUGACCUUGCUGCCAUGGUCGAACAACUACGCGUCGGCUCAUUCACACAAGACAACACUCUUCCAGAAUACCUCCAUCAUCUCGAGGAAGUCCCUUUGCAUAAAGCAACUUCUCGUGCGUUUGUCGCUGCUCUCAAAUCUUUUAAGGAGCUUGUUCAUUUGCGCAAGCGCUUUAGAAGGUCGUGGAAAGAAAGCCUCAAGUGCGGUGAUGAGGGAGCAGAAGUCGCGCUUCUACUGACUCUGCUUCCGAACCUGCGUUCGUUACGCUUUGACUCGAAAACAGGUAGCCUUAACUAUUUUGUGAAGGAGCUUUUCAACGCCAUCUUGGAUCCUACUCCUAAGCCCCCGACUCUCGAACCUGCUCAAGGAAUGUUGCAUAAACAUCCAGUCGCAUCGCAAUCAAGGCUAGAACAGUCUUCCCGGAUUCUCCGUGUUCUUGAAUCGCUUGAUGUGUGGUGGUUUGAUGGCUACGACAUUUCACUGGGCAGUUGCGUGGGACUACUUUUGCAGCCAUCAAUCACCUCAUUUCAUGGAAGAGGGCUGUCUGUAUUCGAAUCAUCUUUGUCAUUCCCCCCGGACACCACGUUUACCUCGCUUCGUCACCUAAAGCUUGUCCGCUGCAAACUGAACGGAGAAGGUCUCNAAAAUGUCCUGCAGAGAUGCACCAGAUUGCAAUCGCUGGAGAUCAAUGCCAAAUUCGCUUUCGACUCUGACACAAUGUCGCGCAUACUCAUCACUACCGAGCACCUUGAACCUCUGCAGAACAUGAAAGAUACACUUGAACGUCUAACGCUGAUGCUGCCUGAGUACAGUACAGCAGUAUCUCUUGAUCUGAGGUCUUUUAACAAGCUGCGCUAUCUCCACGUGGACAUGAAUCUGUUGAGAACUGAUCAUCUCAUCCCCCUAUACAUGCACGAAUCGUUACCAGAACACAUUGAGAAGAUCACUAUCCGUAGAGCCUACAUAUGGAUACAAAAGCAUGUCAACAAGCUCCUCGAUUCAAUGAUUGCAGACCAUCGAUUCUCUACUCUUUCAAGUUUGAAAGUCUAUACACUUGACCAGUCUCAUGAAGCUCUACAGGAUGAGUUGGAAUAUACAGCGGAGCGAGCUCGUGCACUCCAGCUCCGCUUCGAGGUGGAAGAAGACCCCGGGUUCAGAUAUUCGUGGCGGUGGGGACAUGGUGAUCCUGACCGUGACUCGGAUCGGGACUCAGACUAG